AUGAUUGACGAGCAUAAGUGUAAGGAAUAUCUAAAUUGGGUGAGGUGGGGAGACCAAGUCGAUUCUCAUGAACAACGUGUUGCAUGGACGAUCGCACCAUUUGAAUACAUUCCUCACAGAAAGGACCUAUCCCAUGCUAAUAUCGGACUAAUAACUUCCAGAAGGACACAAAUUAACGAUGAAAUUCACGCGGCGUUUGAAGGAAAAGUCUAUAAACUGGGCAUCAUCGAAUUCAACGAAGAUUGGUUCCCAUUCAGAUUCGACCCUCUUGAAGACGGUAAAGGUAAGAUGGCCGUAGACGAUGAAACGUCAGCAAAAAACGAUGAAAGGGAAAAAGGGGAGAUUUGGCCGGAAACCGAUGAAUUGGAUGAUCAAGAGCCGGGAAAAACUAGGGUUCUGGCGAGUGAACCUACCAGGAUGGAGACGGAAGUCGAAGAGCCUCACUGCGAAGCGGUGGUUCUAACGAAAGCAUCGAGGGAGGGAAUUGAAACGACACCUCGGAAUACGAAGCAACUAACGCCCAAUGGUAUGAUGGUGCAACCUAGUCAUGUGAAUGAUGCAUGCCAGACGAACCCUAGUACCCCAAAGUCAUUACAGGAUGGGCUUAGUAUCGGACUUCCACCACUCCGCUGUUUUGGGCCUUUCCCAUCCCCAACUACAUGCAAUGAAGCCCACACAUUCAAAGUAGGUAGGUCCAAUGGGAAAAGGAGAAGAGUGAUAAAUAUAGCUCCCAGUGUUAGCCCAAUGUUUGAAUUGAUUGGUGCUGAUCCGAUGCCACAAACUGUCCCGUUGUCGGAGUCCCCAUCUACUCCAACCGAAGAAAAUCAAUUUGACCUUAAUACCCCUCCUAUACAGCAGUCGGAGAUCACAGAUAGAUACCCCCAAAACCCCCCAACGAUCUGA